GCAGCAGCAGCAGCAGCAGCAGCAGGCGGACCAGGCCGGGUUGGGUCGCGUCGGGCCGGACGGGAGGAUGAAGCGCCGGAGCGCCGACUGCAGCAAACUCCGGCGGCCGCUCAAGCGGAACCGCAUCACUGAGGGCAUCUACGGCAGUACUUUUCUGUACCUGAAAUUCCUGGUAGUUUGGGCCCUUGUACUGCUGGCUGAUUUUGUUUUGCAAUUCAGAUUUGAAUAUCUGUGGCCAUUCUGGCUUUUCAUCAGGAGUGUUUAUGAUUCCUUCAGAUACCAGGGAUUGGCCUUUUCAGUAUUUUUCGUUUGUGUUGCAUUCACAUCGAAUAUCAUAUGUCUGCUCUUCAUACCAAUACAGUGGUUGUUUUUUGCUGCCAGCACAUAUGUUUGGGUACAGUAUGUCUGGCACACAGAGAGAGGAGUGUGUUUACCAACAGUAUCUCUGUGGAUACUGUUUGUUUAUAUUGAAGCAGCAAUUAGAUUUAAAGAUCUUAAAAAUUUCCACGUAGACCUUUGUCGACCUUUUGCUGCACACUGUAUUGGCUACCCUGUUGUGACAUUGGGCUUUGGCUUCAAAAGUUAUGUCAGCUAUAAAAUGCGAUUAAGAAAACAAAAGGAAGUGCAGAAAGAGAACGAAUUUUACAUGCAACUUCUUCAGCAAGCUUUACCCCCAGAACAACAGAUGCUACAAAGGCAAGAGAGAGAAGCAGAGGAAGCAGCAAAAGGAUUGUCUGAUAUGGAUUCCUCGAUACUUUUGCAACACAAUGGAGGUAUUCCAGCCAAUAAAAAGUUAUCUGCAACAUUACCGGAACUAGAAUAUAGAGAAAAGGGGAAAGAGAAAGACAAGGAUGCCAAAAAACAUAACCUUGGAAUAAAUAACAAUAUUUUGCAACCUGUAGACUCUAAAAUACAGGAAAUUGAAUAUAUGGAGAACCAUAUCAAUAGUAAAAGAUUAAAUAAUGAUCUUGUGGGAAGUACAGAAAACCUCUUGAAAGAGGACUCAUGCACUGCCUCAUCCAAAAAUUACAAAAAUGCUACUGGAGUUGUGAACUCCUCGCCUCGCAGCCACAGUGCAACUAACGGGAGCAUCCCUUCCUCAUCUGCUAAGAAUGAGAAAAAACAGAAAUGCGCUAGCAAGAGUCCAAGCACACAUAAAGACUUAAUGGAAAAUUGUAUUCCUAAUAACCAGCUAAGCAAACCUGAUGCACUGGUAAGGUUGGAACAGGAUAUUAAGAAGUUAAAGGCUGACCUCCAGGCAAGCAGGCAGAUCGAACAAGAGCUGAGAAGCCAGAUUGGUUCUCUGACCAGCACAGAACGGGGGAUUCGGUCUGAAAUCGGACAGCUCCGACAAGAAAAUGAGCUGCUUCAGAAUAAACUGCAUAAUGCUGUACAAAUGAAACAAAAAGAUAAGCAGACCAUUGGCCAAUUAGAGAAGAAACUAAAAGCGGAGCAAGAGGCCCGGACCUUUGUAGAAAAGCAGUUGAUGGAAGAAAAAAAAAGGAAGAAGCUGGAAGAAGCAACUGCUGCCCGGGCUGUUGCAUUUGCUGCUGCUACCAGAGGAGAAUGCACUGAAACUUUACGAAAUCGCAUCAGAGACCUGGAGACAGAAUGCAAGAAAUUAACAAUUGACAUAAAGCUGAAAGAAGACCAGAUACGAGAUCUAGAAAUGAAAGUUCAGGAACUGCGGAAAUACAAAGAGAAUGAAAAGGAUACAGAGGUGUUAAUGUCAGCACUUUCAGCCAUGCAGGAUAAGACACAGCACUUAGAGAACAGCUUGAGUGCAGAGACGAGAAUCAAGUUGGACCUGUUCUCUGCAUUAGGAGAUGCAAAAAGACAGCUUGAGAUAGCCCAAGGGCAAAUAAUUCAAAAAGAUCAGGAAAUCAAGGACCUAAAACAGAAGAUCGCAGAAGUAAUGGCAGUAAUGCCCAGCAUAACGUACACUGCGGCUACCAGCACGCUGAGUCCUGUUUCCCCCCAUUACUCUUCCAAAUUUGUGGAGACCAGCCCUUCCGGACUUGAUCCCAAUGCCUCAGUUUAUCAGCCCUUGAAGAAGUAAAUGCCAACUUUCGAUUUGUCACAUGGAAGGCAUCGCACAGAAAAAUCUCUUGCAGUCAAGAUGAAAUUUGUAUUGUGUGAGACUGUACUGAUUUAUUGUUUAAAAAAAUAAAAAUAAAAAGAGGGAAGUGGGGGGGAAAGAACCCCAACACUCAGAUUUGGCUAGAACUGCCCAUCAGUUUUUUCUUGUAAAUUUUUAGAAAACCUCACAGAACUUUACAGUUUUUUUCUUGGCCAACACAUAAAGGGGGGGGGGAAAAAACCCGUAACUUGGUUUUCACGUAGCAAAUUCUGCCUCUCUUCUUUUAAAAUAUAUCUAUACUCUUGCAAGGUUUCCUCUUGAAAAGAUAAACAUUACAUGGAGAGCUCUGCUUGAUUCAAAACCCUUUCUUUCAUUCUUAUUAUUAUUUUAAACAUAAUGAAGCCAAAAUGGCAAAUUAAAAAUUGCAAGGAAUAAUGAUGGAAAUCCUUUCUUUUUUUCUUUCGUUUCGGAUGAAAGGGUUUGUAGUGAAGCAAAGCUUUGAUAACAUCAGCGUGUUGCCAGGGUAGCAGCCAGGGAGGGCACAUGCAAGAAAUCCAUUGGCUUAACCCCUUCUAAGGACCAAACCUAUUUAAGGGGGCAUCAUUUUUAACAGAAGGCAUAAGUAAUGCAGAACGCGUAGACGAUACUGUAACCUUGGUGGUUGUGUGAGGUGUUUAGAUUCCCAUCCAUGUGUUUAGUCACUUGAGAACUGGUAGCAGUCUUGUUCAGCAGUGCCUUGGGAAAAGAGAUAUUUCAAGAGGAAACUCACUCGAUAGUUUUAAGAAUUUUCUCCCCCUUUCUACCUCAGCCUUCUCCAGCCUGGUGCCCUUCCCGCGAUGUGUUGGACUACAGUUCCCAUCAUCCCCAGCCAACAUGCCGAAUUACCUUUUAGUCCAACACACCUGGAGGCUGCCGGGUUAGAGAAGGCUGAUAUAACUCCGAGCUCAUUUUACAGAGUCUGCUGCAGAUCGUACAUGGUAAUUUGGAUGCCUGUUGCUAUCCAUGGUUACAUCUCUUUUCUGUUCGUUUGUUUUGGGUACAGAAUCCAACACUGUUCACUUGAUCAGGAUAUGCUGUAGAAGGCUCAGUAGUAACGGAGGGAGUUCUGGUGAAGGCGGAACUGUGCAAUGUACUGUAUACAAGAGGCUGUCAAGCUAGCUCAUAAAAGCGGCAGUUUGAGUUUUUGUGCGUGUUUUCUUCUUUUUUUUAAAGUCAACCGCAGUUACGCUUUAGAUCAUCUCGUGUUUCACAAUUUAAUUUCAGUGGGGCUGACUAAAUCUCAGCCGUUGUGCCAAGGAGUUUUUUUUAAAAAAUAAAAGAGUUUUAAAAAAGAAACUCGUAAAAUUGCACAAAGAUUUAAGUUUCAAUGUAUAUUGUGCAUUGGUAGGAAAGUGUGUUGCACUGGCGACUUUCGAAGUGUUUAAGGUUUGGGUGUGGGUGGGAGGGGGCAGCGGGGCAGGGAGACAAAAUUGUAUUAGUAACUAGCAAAAUUAUAAAAUCAAACCAUUAUGAUUUUGUAAACAUGCAGUGGACUCUGGAAGGACAAGGGUUCUUCUUUAAAACAACAACAACAACAUUUUUUAAAGUUUCAUAUGAAUUGGCAGGUAUGCCUUGUUUAAAAAAAAAUUAAGUAGGACAAUAAAAAUAGGAGUAUUAAAGAUCCAUCAUUUUUAAUCAGAGAUUAUUUUGAGAUAAAAUCUUCUAGCUUUAGCCAGGUGUGCAUGUUGCUGUCAUUUUGCAUUUUUGAAUCAUCUUGUGUAAUUGUCACCAUGAAAGUGUUACUCAGAAAUGUCAUAAGGUUUUCAUCUUUGUGCAAAACAUGGACUAUUCUCACUGACUUUUGUUUUGUGUUGAGGUUCCCCCAUUUUUUUAUUUUUAUUUUUAUUUUUUUUUGCUGCCUUUUGGGCACAACUUUCAUUGAAAUUCUCAGUCUUGGCUGCAUUCUUUUUUUUUUUCUGUGGGGUUUACAAAAAAUAAACAUUUUCUUGCAGAUAAA